GCCCCAUCGGAAAAGCUUCAAGGAAAAGGAAUUUUACUCAUUCCCGUCAGAGUGGAAUCUAAGCAAAAGAUGAAAGAGAAAAGGAUCACUUUCUCAGUCUGCUUGGAGUUCUCUUGAAGUGGACAGAGUAGAAUGAUGCAUUGAAAAGUGGACGAUGACGGUGAACCCAUUAAGCACUGGAGGGUAAAGAUAAUCAUCAUUUUUCGGUGGUAGUCGUUGAGGCGACAAAGCAUGUGCACAUAGUAUACAUGGGCGAGAAGAAGCAUGAUGACCCGAAGAUUACGAAAGAAAUUCACCAUGAGUUACUGUCGAACGUUUUAGGCAGCAAAGAAGCUGCUCGAGGGUCCAUGGUUUACAGCUACAAGCAUGGCUUUUCUGGCUUUGCAGCAAGACUAACACAAUCUGAGGCCGAAGAGAUUUCCAAAUUUCCCGUCGUAGUCCGAGUACUUCCAAGUCGCAUGCACAAGCUCCAUACGACUAGAAGCUGGGACUUCAUUGGGCUGGAACUACACAGAGCAAAACAAAGCCUUCUGACUGACGGGAAAAUGGGGAAAGGAAUCAUCAUUGGCAUAAUAGAUUCAGGAGUUUGGCCUGAAUCGAAGAGUUUCAGUGACGAAGGAAUGGGCCCAGUUCCAUCCCGGUGGAAGGGAAUAUGCCAACGAGGAGAGCACUUCAAUGCCUCCAACUGCAACAGGAAACUCAUUGGGGCUCGAUGGUUUGUGAAGGGAUCUCUGGCUGGGGGCCUCGGAACAUUUUCCACUAACAAGACUGGGGAAUAUCGAGAGUUUAAGUCUGCGCGGGAUUCGUUUGGGCAUGGGACCCACACGGCAUCGAUUGCCGCAGGAAAUUUCGUGGAGAACGCGAAUGAUUAUGGGCUAGCAGAAGGUUUAGCCCGAGGAGGUGCACCGCGUGCCCACCUGGCUAUCUACAAGGCCUGCUGGUUCUUUCAGCACGCCUGCUCCGAUGCGGACAUUCUUAAAGCCUUUGAUAAAGCGAUACACGAUGGGGUGGACGUGUUGUCUAUAUCCUUGGGAGAUGAGAUUCCCUUGUUUCCAUACGCUGAUCGAAGGGACUCCAUUGCCAUCGGGUCCUUCCACGCGGUGGCGCAGGGGAUCACGGUGGUUGCCUCUGCAGGAAAUGAUGGCCCUAUAUCAGGGACUGUCGCAAACGUUGCUCCAUGGCUUAUCACAGUGGGAGCAAGCACAACCGACCGGAGGUUCAUGGCAGCGAUCAUGCUCGGGAAUAACCGCACCCUUUGGGGACAAUCACUUUAUACCGGGAAAGACCACCGUGGCUUCUAUGUUGUCACGUACUCUGAAAGGAUAGCUGUUGCUUCGGCAGAGUAUGUGAAGGGAUGUGGGGAAGGUAGUCUCAAUAAGACCCUAGCAGCAGGAAAGAUAGUGCUUUGCUUCAAGACUUCAGAUGAGCAGGACAUGGUUUCCGCAUCAGCUGCAGUGUCAGAAGCAGGUGGGAUUGGAGUAAUAUAUGCACAAUCUCGCGAAGAUGGGUCAAAUCCAUGCGUCAUACCAUGCGUCAAAGUAGAUUACGGGAUCGGAACACAAAUACUUACCUACAUCAGAAGGGCGAGGUUUCCUAUUGCCAAGUUGGGUUUUCCAAGCAGUGCUUUUGGGAAAUUGGCCUCGCCAAGAGUGGCAUCUUUUUCAUCCCGAGGGCCGAGUUCGAUAUCUCCUCAAGUGCUAAAGCCUGAUAUAGUCGCCCCAGGAGUGGACAUUCUGGCAGCAUUUCCAUCAUCUGAUGAGAAAGGCGCGGAGUAUAAGUUGCUUUCCGGAACUUCAAUGUCUGCUCCCCACGUGGCGGGGAUCGCUGCUCUCAUCAAGUCCAUGCAUUCAAAUUGGUCGCCUGGUGCAAUAAGAUCUGCUCUCGUCACCACAGCAUCUCAAACUGGAACAGACGGGAACGAAAUUUGCGAUGGAGGGCCCACGGACAAGAUUGGUGACCCAUUUGAUAUAGGAGGCGGCCAUGUCGAUCCUAACAAAGCAAUGGACCCCGGGCUCGUGUACGAUACAACCAUCAGUGACUACAUCCGGUUUCUCUGUUCCAUGGGCUACAGCAGAGAAUCAGUCGCGAACUUGACGGAAACCAAGCUCAGGUGCAAAAAAGACCAACACCAUGGGCAGAACCUCAACCUCCCCUCCAUCGUGAUCCCGAGCCUCAGGAGGAGAUUGACAGUUACAAGGACGGUCACGAACGUGGGGCCCGAGGAUUCCGUGUACGAGGCAGUAGUGAAACCUCCCUAUGGAACUAGUAUGAAAGUCGAGCCUCAAGUUUUAAGGUUCAAUUCGACUACACAAGUUCUUACUUUCAAGGUUUCCUUUGCCUCAGUACGGGAAAAGGCGCGAGGAGGUUACAAGUUCGGGAGCCUAACAUGGACCGACGGAGAACAUUUUGUUAGGAGUCCCGUAGCUGUCCGUGUCCUGGAAUUCGGAAUAUUUCCCGAUGUAUGAGGGUGGGAUUGGCUAAGGCAUAUACUUGACGAUUCCGAAAAUGUUGAGUUACUAAUAUCUCACAUGCAAAUUUAUUUAUUCAUUAGCCUUCC